AGCGAAGGGAGGUGAUAGUGAAGAAGAAGAGAGAAGGCGACCCAUUCUCUUCUUCUGUCUUUGUUUCAUAUUACAAGUAUUUUGAUUGAGAAAUUUGCAGUACUACUACUUCCAUUUCUACAAAAAAAAAAAGAUUUCCAUCUUGUUCAGAGAAAAUUGUUGUUUCUACUACGGCAGCUUUAAGACAAGAAAUUGUCAUAAAUAAGAUACCAUAUGGAAGGACACAAAGUGUUUAGUCCCUAAGGUUAUAACAAUUUGUACUCUCUUAGAACUGAUAUAAAAAACAAUCUGGUGUGUUGAAGAAGAAGAAAAGGAUAAUUCCAUGUCACAAAGUUUUCAUCAUCAACAAGGAUUUUACAAUUUCUCAAAUGUAUAUGAGAGAUCUGCGACGACAACGACGAAGCAUGAGGAAAUGUUACGAGUACAAGGCUUUGAGCCGCAGCAAGUUGGAGUUGCUGCGGCUGUUGAGCCGUCGCCCGCUGGGGCGAUGGUUUAUGACGAUGGAGGUAUGUUGACUGAGAUUAUCAGUUAUCCAUCUGCGUGGCGGAAGACCGCCACGGAGAUAUUGGAUGAUCAGAUCCAAUCGAGUAACUAUCGAUCGUGGACACAAAAGGAGCAGCAGCAUCAACAUCAGCAACAGCUUCAUCCACAAUCGAUAAUAAACGAUACUGAGCUUCCUCUUAUGAAUCCUCAUAUUAAACCGUCAUCUCCGCCUCGCGCUUCAUCUUCACUUCACAUGUUACUUCCCAACUCAGUAGACACGAACAAUCUUCUUCAUCAUCAAGGAUUUCACUUGCUUAAUCCAGCAACCGUGGAACCUCCGUCUCAGUUCACAUGGAUUCCCGGUAGCAGUAGUGGAGAAGACGAUUCCACUAGAAUUGGGAGGGUUGUGGAUGGACAUGGUCUUUCUUUAUCACUUUCUAGGAACUUCGAAGCUGCUGCAAAAUUGGAGGAUUUGAGGAUCGGAAAUGGUGGAAUUUACUUGCAAAAUAAUCAAGGACUAUUAAGUCCGAUUAAUAACAACCACCACCACCAUCAUCAACUGUUACAUUCAGGAGUAGUAAUGGAUCAUCGUACUACUAGUCCUCACACCAAUGUUCACCAUCAAAUUCAUGUCGGAUAUGCAGCAUCCUCGCCAAGAAUAUCAAAUGCUCUAAGAAAUUCGCGAUAUGUAAAAGCUGCACAAGAGCUUCUCGAGGAAUUCUGCUGUGUAGGGAGAGGUAAUUUCAAGAACCAAAGGGUCAAGAAAUACGAUGAUGAAAACCCUAAUUCCAACUCGGAGAGUGAAGAUCAUCGUGGCUCCUCGAAAGAUAAUCACCCUCCAUUGUCAGCUGCUGAGAGAUCUGAGUAUCAAAGAAGGAAAAUCAAGUUGCUAUCUAUGCUCGAUGAGGUAGACGCAAGGUACACGCGUUACUGCGAGCAAAUGCAGGCGAUGGUUAACUCAUUCGACUCAGUAAUUGGUUACGGUGCAGCAGCACCAUACACCGCGCUAGCUCAAAAGGCAAUGUCGCGGCAUUUCAGAUGCAUAAAGGAUGCUAUAGUCGCGCAGCUGAAGCAGACAUGCAAGUACCUAGGAGAAAAAGACGUGACUGGAACCAGUGGACUAACGAAAGGCGAGACGCCGAGGUUGAAAGUGUUGGAUCAAAAGUUGAGGCAGCAGAAGGCUUUACAUCAAAUGGGAAUGUUGGAUUCAGAUGCUUGGAGGCCACAAAGAGGUUUGCCUGAGAGAUCUGUUAAUGUAUUAAGGGCAUGGCUUUUUGAGCAUUUUCUUCACCCAUAUCCAAGUGAAGCAGACAAGCAUUUGUUGUCCCGGCAGACUGGUUUAUCCAAAAAUCAGGUAUCAAAUUGGUUCAUAAAUGCCAGGGUUCGAUUGUGGAAACCCAUGGUGGAAGAGAUGUAUCAACAAGAGACCAAAGAAGAAGAAACAGAUCAAGAAGAUGAUAAUCAAGAUCAACAACAGCAUCAGCAAGAAAAACAAGCACAAAUCCCAAUGCACGACAAGACAAGCAACAUGGCCACAUCGUCAACAACAACAACAAUGCCAUUGUCAUCAUCAGCAAGAUCCGAAUUUAAUGCUAAUGAAAGAGACCCUUCAAAAAACAUCAUCAAUUAUAGGCAGUAUGCCUUGGGAAACCAACUAGUAAUGCUCCAAUCAGACGACACCGCCACUACGUCCUCCGCCAACCCUUACUUCAUGGCGGGGGACGCGUCUGGUUUGGUGGCAGGUAAUUCAAAUGCGGCCGGUAUGGCCGCAUUUGGGUCUCAGCAAGCUGGAGAUGUGUCACUCACAUUGGGACUAAGGCAUUCGGAAAAUGUACCAAGGAAAGCGACGCAGUUCCAAUUAAGAGACUUUGGAGCUUAUUAAUAUUAAAUUUUAAAAGUGUAGAAAUUAAAAAAAAAAAAACAGGUAAAAGUAAUGUAUGCAUUUACUUGAUAUAAUAUAUAAGGUUGGAGCUAGUAUUUGAAUACCAAUUGUAUAAAUGGGGAAUUUGUAAUCGUAUUUUGGUGAAUUGAUACGUAGGUUAUGUGUAAAAAAAAAGACGUUGCGGGUAAUUUAUGGGAAUGUAAUGAGUUGAGUGCUAUAUAGAGUUGUUAUAUGCCAAUUAGAGUAAU